ACAAAACAAGACAAUAGAGAAACUGAGAAAGUUUGUUUGUUCCAAAGUCUCUCUCUCUCUCUCUCUCUCUCUCUCUCUUCUCUUGACAUCCUCCGAGGAUUUUUGAUUCCAUCAUCUUCUGCGAAAUUUCAGUUUCCAUUUCAUCAUCCUUUGCAACACGACACAAAACAGAUACAAGUGUUUCUCUCUGUCCACGUCAUCACCAACUGUUUCUCUUUUGGUCUCUGCAAUUUCUUCAUCUUUUUUUGUGAGAAGAAACCAAAAUGCUGGUUCGAAGAAGAGUGAUGAGUUGGAGAAGGGUAGCCAAAUCCCUUCAAGCUAUGUUAGCUCAUGCCUUUCUUUUCUCCUUCACUCUUCUCCUUGUUCUCAAACUUGACCGUUUCUUCAUUUUUUCAUGGUGGACCGUGUUUUUGCCUCUUUGGUUGUUUCAUGUGGUUGUAGCACGAGGCAGGUUUUCCAUGCCUGCUCCUUCAAUGCCUCAUGGUCGCCAAUGGGCACCUUGUCAUUCAGUUAUAGCAACACCAUUACUUGUGGCAUUUGAGCUUCUUCUGUGUAUACAUCUUGGUAGCAGUUAUGUGGUGAAUUUGAAGAUUGUAUUCAUACCUCUUAUAGCUUUCGAAUUGGUGAUUUUGAUCGAUAACAUUAGGAUGUGUAGGGCUUUGAUGCCUGGAGAUGAGGAAAAUAUGACGGAUGAAGCAGUAUGGGAAACUCUUCCUCAUUUCUGGAUUUCGAUAUCCAUGGUCUUCUUUAUUGCUGCCACAGUGUUCACCCUUCUAAAGAUAUGUGGUGAUGUUGCCGCUCUUGGAUGGUGGGACUUGUUUAUAAACUAUGGUAUCGCACAGUGCUUUGCGUUUCUCGUAUGUACAAAGUGGCACAAUCCUACAAUUCAUGGAAACGGUCACAUUACAGAACCAUGUUCAUCGUCAAAUACCAUAAGAUAUUUGGAAUGGAGUAGAGAAGGUAUAGUUAUUUCUACUGAUGAAGACGGGGAGCAAAAUGCGUUUUGCAGUCUGCAGGACAUAGGCGGACAUAUAAUGAAAAUUCCAUUCAUUGCUUUCCAAAUACUACUUUUUAUGCAUUUAGAGGGAACCCCAUCGGGUGCAAAAGAUAUACCCAUUUGGGUAAUUUUUUCUCCGCUUUUACUGUUGCAAGGAGCUGGAGUAUUAUUUGCAGCAUAUAGAUUAAUAGAGAAGAUUGUUCUUUUACUCCAUCAUGGGGAUCUUCCUAGGAGCUACUCAUCUAUAGCAUCAAAAUCCCGUGACUGCUUUGGGUUUUUUCAUCAUGGAUCAAGGUUGUUAGGUUGGUGGUCAAUAGAUGAAGGAAGUAGAGAGGAAGAAGCUAGACUUUUCUGUGCCGGGAGUUCUGGGUAUAAUACUUUCUCUCCUGAUACCGUGAAGAAAAUGCCUAGAGGGGAACUUGUUGAGGAGAUUUGGAGACUUCAAGCUGCACUUGGUGAGCAGACAGAAGUUACAAAAUAUAGACAGGAGGAAUAUGAAAAACUUCAAAAUGAGAAGAUCUUAUGUAGAGUUUGCUUUGAAGAACAGAUUAAUGUGGUCCUACUUCCCUGCAAGCAUCACAUUCUUUGCAGCACCUGCUGCGAAAAAUGCAAGAAGUGCCCUAUCUGCCGUGGAACCAUUGAAGAACGGAUGCCUGUAUAUGAUGUGUAGACCGGGUUGACUGUAAGAUAUAUAAAUAUUAUCUCACUAUGGCUUGUGGUUUUAGAUGAGGCAAGCACAAACAAUUUAUUAAUUUCUCUGCUCAUAGAUAUGGUGAACAUACCGAAGUUGUACAUAGUUUUAAACAUUCAUUGCAAGUUCAAACCCCACCUCCAUUAAAUUGUGCAUUUCUUCAAUAUUGAAA